AUGGAUGCCAGUUCACCGUCUGUCGUCGACCUCACCUCCACGUAUACUCAAAACCAGACCCCUCCUCAAUACCGGCGCACAUUUUCAGAACCUAAUUCUAGCAAUGAAAAUCGAGGGACAAAGCGCCGGCGUCUGAGCCAAUCUUCUACUGGACAGUCAACGUCAUCUGGAAAUCGACUUCAGACGGGUGAAGAGACGGUCGAAUCAAUCGACUUGACGGAGGUAGAAGGGCCAUCUGCGCUAAAAAAAGCGCUAUCGAAACAACGGGAGGAUGCUGUAAAGGCUCAGAAACGGAGCGAUGAGGAUGAGAAGGAAGGUCGGUCGGUAUUACUCUCGUACAGAUGUCCCGUCUGCAUGGAUAUUCUCACGGAUGCAACGACUACGAUAUGUGGCCAUCUUUUCUGUCAUGAGUGCAUCAUCAAUACUCUCAGGUUCAGCGAAGGGCAAAGAGUAGAUUCCCCGGGAAAGGGCCGCGGUACAUGUCCAGUUUGCCGGAAGUCCCUUACCCAGAAUGAUACGUCGGGGCCGAAGAGGAACCUCGUACCUCUGCAGCUGAAGCUCAAAAAGAGAGAGGCUGCUGUUCCGGAGAGUGCUUAG